AUGGAUGGCAGGUACGGUGGUGGUGGCGGUGGCGGUGGUGGUGGUGGGUGUUAUGAGUUUGAGAGUGGUGGGGUGGUGAUGACAAGAGACCCAAAGCCAAGGCUCAGAUGGACUGCUGAUCUUCAUGACAGAUUUGUUGAUGCUGUUACUAAACUUGGUGGCCCUGACAAAGCAACCCCGAAAUCGGUGUUGAGAUUGAUGGGUUUAAAGGGGUUGACAUUGUACCAUUUGAAGAGCCAUUUACAGAAGUAUAGACUUGGACAGCAAGCAAAGAAGCAGAACAAUGGUGAUCCCAACAAUGAGAACAGUGGUGAUUCCUACGAACACUACAAUCUGCAUUCAACAGGCACGAGCUCCAAUUCUGUGAGAGCAAACCAUGAAGCAGGAGAUAUUCCUAUUGCAGAUGCAUUGCUAUGCCAGAUUGAAGCACAGAAGAGGUUACAAGAGCAGUUUGAGGUACAAAAGAAGCUACAAAUGAGAAUAGAAACUCAAGGGAAAUACUUACAAGGGAUAUUAGAAAAUGCCCAAAAAAGCCUUUCGCUCGACAUGAACUCGACCGGCAACCUCGAAGCAACACGAACUGAACUGACCAACUUCAAUUUGGCUCUCUCGGAUCUCAUGGACAAUCUGAGUGGCGGAGAACGUCGAGAAGAGAACGGUAAGAAGGGCGGCAGCACAGCGGUCAAGGAAGAUAUGAAGAUCAAACGGGAGGGUGGCGGUGGCUCCAUCAGUUUUGAUCUCAACACCGGAGGUAAUUACGACUUCAUCGGUACGAACCCGGAUUUACUAGCUCUUGGAUUUACAAGACACAACUAGAGAAAAUAAGAGAGUGUUGAUAUUUUUCUGCAAUAAUUCAUCUAAAUUUUGUUGAUGCAAAGUGUGAUGUCUUCAUGCAUCAUGUGGUGGUACAAAAUCACACUGAAAUUAAAUUGUAGAUUCAUAACAUUAACAUGUAUUCAGA